UUAACUAGUAACCAGAUCAAAUAUAACCUCCAACCUUUCAUUUGAAAGCCUGCAGCAAGCCAUGCUGAGGUCAUGACAAUCGGCAGCCAGGAGUCUUACAGUACUUACAUUUGUCUAGUUGCUGGUGCAGUUCAGAUGUACUGAUUGGUUGGAACUUCACUACCAAAUGAGAGUAUUUUCUGUGGAGAGCACUCUGGAGGAAUGAACAAAGUAAUUGAGAGAGCCUUGUAGGACUUCUUCAUCGCUCUUCUAAGUUAGCAAUAUUGGUACAAGGAGCCACGAGCCCAGUUCCUCCAGAGCUUUUACUGUCUGUAAACACCUCUGCUAUGGAGAAGGCAGUGCUAAUACAGCUGAUCCUGCUGAGCCUGGUGGUUGGGAGCUGCCAAGGGUGCUACUGUGAACAUUAUCCAUGGGGGUCAUGGUCCAGCUGUUCAAAAACCUGCAAUUAUGGCACGCAGACAAGGCACAGGCAAAUAAAAAUGGAUGAAUAUUAUAACCAAAACUUCUGUGACCAGCUGUGCACCAAGCAGGAAUCUCGUGCAUGUAACCAACAAACCUGUCCUAUCAAUUGCCAGCUUGGAGAAUUCAGCUCUUGGUCAGAAUGUGACCCAUGCAUUAAAAAACAAUUUCGUGUCCGGAAACUCCUGCGGCCAUCCCAGUUUGGAGGCCAGGCCUGCACCGAACCACUGGUGCAAUCCCGACCGUGCUUUCCAGCUAAGCUCUGCAACAUCGUGGAUAUGGACUGCAAGAAUAAAUUCCAGUGUGAAAAUGGUCGCUGUAUUGCAAAAAAAUUGGAAUGCAAUGGAGAAAAUGACUGUGGGGACAACUCUGAUGAAAGACAUUGUGGGAGGAAAAAGAUGGUGUGUAGCAGAAAGUUUGAGAGCAUCCCAGGUGUGCAUUUAAUCGGCAGUGGAUUUCACAUUCUGUCAGGAGAGAGCCGAGGGGAAGUCCUUGGCAACUCGUUCAAUGGAGGAGAAUGCAGAACAGUGAGACGCAAUGAGACAAGGAAAUCGUAUCGUGUGCCUGCAAAUCUGGAGACUGUCAGCUUUCAGGUAAUAGAUGAAGAGGAUGAUGUAAAAUCAGAUUUCUACAAGGAUUUAACGCCUCUGAGUGAUGGUGACGUGGGAAGCAGUACAUCCUCUCAUUCAUCUCAGAGAAGAUCUGGCAUACCAGGUCUAUUCUCAAGGAAAAGAAAAGUUCAAAUCACAUCAUAUUCCUCCUUCAAGAAAGCCAUUGAAGCCUCACAUGAGAAGAAUUCCAACUUUAUUAGAGUCCAUAAAGUCAUCUCUGUUGCAAACUUCACCAUGAAGGAGUCAAAUUUGCAGCUCUCAGAUGUCUUUCUAAAAGCUCUAAACCAGCUGCCCCUGGAAUACAACUAUGCUUUAUACAGUAGAAUAUUUGAUGACUUUGGCACUCAUUACUACACCUCUGGAAGGAUGGGUGGUUCCUACGACAUUCUUUACCAGUAUAGUUCCGAGGAACUCAAGAACUCAGGUCUGUCAGUGGAUGAAUCAAUGGAGUGUAUUCGAACAGAAACAAGAAGGCGUGUGUUUUUCCGAAAGAAGAAGAAAGUCAGUACCGAAUGUGUCACAAACAAGAUGACUGUGAAACAUGAAGGUUCCAUAUUGGAGUCAGCAGAACGGUCAGUCUCACUGGUCAAAGGUGGCAGAUCAGAGUACGCUGCUGCACUGGCCUGGGAGAAAAAGGGGGCUUUUCCAGGGAACACAAGCUUUAUAAACUGGCUGGAAUCGACCAAGGACAAUCCCGUAGUAAUUGACUUUGAGGUGUCGUCCAUUGUGGAUCUGGUGAAGAACAUGCCUUGUGCCGUGACCAGGCGACGCAACCUCAGAAGGGCCCUUGGGGAAUAUGCAGGCAGGUUUGACCCAUGCCAGUGUGCCCCGUGCCCCAACAAUGGCAGGCCUGUGCUUUCUGAGACAGAGUGCCUCUGCUUGUGCCAGGCUGGCACCUACGGCACAAACUGUGAGAUCCGAGCUCCAGGUUAUGAGUCAGUUGCUGUAGAUGGUCGCUGGGGUUGCUGGUCUGAAUGGAGCUCAUGUGAUGCUUCUUUCAAGAGAAGAAGGACCAGGGAAUGUAAUAACCCAUCCCCAAUAAACGGUGGAAAACCUUGCAAGGGUGAACGGGAAGAAGAGGAGGACUGUUACGUCUCUGUGUUCAUGGACAAAGGAGCUCCUUGUAUUAAUGAUGAUGAAGCAAAAAAAGAAGUGGAUAUUGUGAUUGGUGAGCUUGAGACCGGAUGCUCCAGGCCAGACCCACCAGAAAAUGGGUUUAUAAGGAAUGAAAAGAACCAGUAUGCAGUGGGAGAAGAAGCUGAAAUUGCCUGUGUGAGCGGUCAUGUUCUCAGUGGCUAUCAGUUCCUCCGAUGUUUGCCUGAUCAAACUUGGACACAACAACCUAUUGAAUGCCAACCCUCAUUAUGCCUGAGGCCACCAACAUCUGACAGUGUUGAAAUUUCCCCAUUUAAGCAACACUACAUCAUUGGUGAAACUGUGAAGCUAAGCUGUCGAGCUGGGUUUGUAGUCACUGGUCAAACACAAUAUACUUGUGGAAAAGACCUGUCCUGGUUUCCUUCUAUUCUGAGGUCUAUUACAUGUGAAAAAGAUGAGCAAACUAAGAUCAGAGGAUUUUGCAAUCCAGGACAAAAACAGGUUGGGUCUGAGUGUGUUUGCAUGAAUCCAGAAGAGGACUGUGGCCACUACUCAGAAGACAUCUGUGUGCUACAUGCUCUUUCUGAACAGCAUGUGACGAAACCCAGCUGUCAGUUUUCAGCUGAAAAGUGCCUUGGAGAGCAGUCAUUUCACUUUUUGCAUGCUGGCCCUUGCCACAGCAAUUCCAACUUACAUUGGGCUAUUGAAAGGGCAAAGCUCUCUGCAGAAAGCUUGAAGAAAGUGCCCUGUGGCUAUGACACCUGCUAUGACUGGGAGGAAUGUCCAGAAUCACAGAUGCAGUGCUCCUGCCUAAUGCCUUACCAGUGCCCCAGAGAAGAGAGCCAGCUUCACUGCAUCCGAAUGGAGUCAACAGGGAGAAGGAAGACAGUCAGUCACUGUGUGCUGGCAGCCAUGAAGUGUGCUGGCAUCAGACUGGAGGUGCUGGAGGAGGGGAGCUGCCUGGGAUAAAUCAAUGGCUCUCCCAGUGGCCCCCACCACUGUCAUCCCACCACAAUGGGGUAAACCACCAUAGGGAAAACUCAACUGGUUAUAAAAGGACAAAUGAACUCAAGAAGGAUGCAAUAAUAAUAAUUUUUAAAAUGAGCUAAUUUAAUGAAAGAAGAGUGGCAAUGGGAUUUUUAUUUCAGUUUGAAAAUGACUUGAAUGUAGGGUAUGAGGACUGCUAUUGUUGUCAGUAAUUCUGCAUGGACAGAGGGAGGGAAGGGAGAAAAUAGGAAAAAAGAAAGGAGAGCUCUGCCUCUGGUCUCUCUGGUGUUGGACAAGACUCUUCCUUUCCACAACCAUUUGUUGCUCUGUCUCUUCUCUGGUAACUGCUCUGCGUCCUGGUUGUCUGAGUGGCUGAGAGCCCACUGGACAGACAGGGCACUUCAACAUAGAAUCAUAGAAUUAAUCAUAGAAUGGCUUGGUUUAGAAGAUCAUCUAGUUCCAACACCCUGCUAUAGGCAGGCACACCUCCCUCUAGACCAAUUUGCUCACAGCCCCAUCCAGUCUUGAAUGCUUCUGGGGAGGGGACAUCCACAGUCUCUCUGGAUGACCUGUUCCAGUGUCUCACCAUCAUCAUAGUAAAGAAUAUCUUCCUAAUAUCUAGUCAAAAUCUUCUCUCUUCCAGUUUAAAAACAUUUCCCCUCAUCCUGUUGCUGUAUGCCCUUAUAAAAAGUCCCUCCCCAGCUUUCCUGGAGGCCCCCUUCUGGUACUGGACAGCUGCUAUAAUGUCUCCUUGGAGCCUUCACUUCUCCAGGCUGAAGAGCCCCAAGGCUCCCUGCCUGUCCUCGUAGAGGGGGUGCUCUUGGCCCUCCUCUGGACCUGCUCCAACAGCUCCAUGUACUUCUUACAUUGAGGGGAAAAUCUUCAUAUUUCUUCUGACACAUAACAGAGUUACAAAUGAGUCUACUCGUACCGGCACUCACUAUGCAAAUUCAAGGAGCAAUACAAAAUACUGAAAACUACAAAUAUAGAGUGGUUCAGCGAAGCUUUCAAAACCAUGAGUUUUUUUAAUCAGUGUCACUGAAGGGAGAAGAGUCUGCUUUCUGGUUUUGUUUGUUCGUUUUGAUCCUCAGGCUUGGGAUUUUACAAGGUGGAGGAUUAGCAACUUGCCUUCCAAGCAAGGGAAAGUUGACAGUUCCUUUCCUCCACUAGCAGUGAGACAAACAAUGAAAAUCAGGGGGUGGCAGGGGAGAGACAUCCAAAAAAGUGUCCAUCUGUGAACGGCAUGUCCAAGGUAUAACUGUCAUAACUGGCCAGGAGAUGGUUAGAGUCAUGUAGGAGUAGGGCAAGGGCUGUACAUGAAAUGAUUAUUUCCCCUCCAAGGUCUCGUAACCUACAUAUUUGAGAUGCUGCCAGUUUCCAUAAAUCAACAGCAGUUACUAUGAACUGGAUGGAGUUCAAGGAAAAGAAACAAUGAAUUGUUCAGCUAAAUGCAUGAAGCAUUACAUUUUCUUGAUUAAAAUGUAGUCAAAAUGAUUUUAAUUAAAAAAUAGUUUUGCCCUUGUA